AUGGCAAGCAACGGUACCAACGGCCCACACACGCCAGCCCCCGCCUUUGACGCAUCGUCGACUAUUCCCCUGUGGCUGGACGGGAAAGAAGUCACGCUCUCCUCGACAUUCGACGUGACCUCCCCGCUCGACCAGAAGACACUUUACAAAUGCUCCUCGGCCGACGAAGGGGAUGUGCAAAGGGCCAUCGCGGCCGCUGAAAAGGCGUUCACAACGUGGUCCAAGACGAAGCCAAACUUCCGGAGAGACAUCUUCCUCAGGGCGGCCGAGGAAUUCAAGAAGAGACGAGACGAGCUGAAGCAUUACAGCUACACCGAGACAGGCGCCGCCGAGUCCAUGUUCGCCUUUGAGCACAACCUGGCCUACGAAGCUUGCAAGAGUGUUGCGGGCCUCAUCCAAGUCGCCUCGACCUCGGCCAUGCCCGUCGUCGCCGAAGAGGGCGGUAAUGCCAUCCUGGUCAAAGAACCGUAUGGUGUGAUUCUGGGCAUCGCUCCGUGGAACGCACCCAAUGUCCUGGGUCUCCGUGCGUGUUUGCAACCUCUGGCCAUGGGCAACACAGUCAUCCUCAAGGGUCCUGAAGCGGCCCCCGCGACCUAUUGGGCCAUCGCCUCCAUUCUCCACGCAGCAGGCUUGCCCGCGGGCUGCCUGAAUACCAUCUACCACCGACCCGCUGACGCAGCAAAGGUGACUUCGGCGCUAAUUGCUCACCCAGCCAUCAAGAAGAUCAACUUUACAGGCUCGACGGGCGUGGGGGCCAUCAUCGCCUCCCAGGCUGGCAAGUACCUCAAGCCGACGGUCAUGGAACUUGGCGGCAAGGCACCGUCGAUCGUCUGCGAAGACGCCAACAUCUCGACCGCAGCCCUGCAGUGCGCGCUGGGUGCCUUCCUCCACGCGGGUCAGAUCUGCAUGGCCACGGAGCGGAUCAUCGUGCACGAGAAGGUGGCCGACCAGUUCCGCGAGGCGCUCAAGCAGACGAUGGACCACGUCUUCGCCGAGUCGCCCGACGGGAUGGGCGUGCCGCAGCUCGUGACGGCGGCGCCCGUGCUGAAGAAUAAGAAGCUGCUGGAAGACGCGCUGUCCAAGGGCGCGAAGACGGUGUACGGCGACCCGCAGCACAACGAGGCGUCGUCGACGCGCAUGCGGCCCGUGGUGAUUGAGAACGUCAACCCCAAGAUGGACAUCUACCACACCGAGUCGUUCGGGCCGACCGUGGCGCUGUACGUGGUGCGCGACGACGACGAGGCCCUCCAGCUGGCAAACGACACCGAGUACGGCCUCACCAGCGCCGUCUUCACCGAGGACCUGCGCCGCGGCCUCCGCCUGGCCCGCCACCUCGAGACCGGCGCCGUCCACAUCAACAGCAUGAGCAUCCACGAUGAACCCGCCCUGCCGCACGGCGGCGUCAAGAAGAGCGGCUUCGGUCGCUUCAACGGCAUCCCCGGCCUGGAGGAGUGGGUCAGGACAAAGGUCAUUACCUGGAAGGAUUGA